AUGGAUACUAUUGCUCCGUCGAAACGGGACGUGGAAUUAAUCGAAGAUGUCAAGGCUGUACCUCUGCAACAGCUUCCUCUCCCCGAAGAACUUGCAUCUCAUGAAGCCCAUGAGCUUCAGAAGCUCGAGGCCGGCCUUGUACGAAGGCUGGAUACUUGUCUGCUUCCUGCGGUCAUUAUCCUUUUCUUGAUGAACAUUCUCGACCGGAAUAACAUCGCCAACGCAAAGAUAGCUGGACUCCCCGAUACCCUCGGCAUUACGAACACGCAGUAUAACACCUGCCUGAUGAUAUUCUAUGUUGGAUAUAUAAUCACUCAAGUCCCCUCCAACAUGGUGAUCACCAAAGUUCAGCCAUCCAUCUACAUCGGCGCCGUGACUGCCAGCUGGGGCGUGGUGUCCAUGUGUCAAGCCUUCACGCAUAACUUUGCUGGGUUAUUGCUGUGUCGGUUUGUCUUAGGGCUGGUCGAAGGACCCUUCUUACCAGGGGUGUUCUUCUUGAUGUCAUGUUGGUAUAAGCGGGCAGAGCUACCCCCGCGAAUUGCACUUCUCUAUGGUGCCAAUAUGCUGGCCAGCGCAUUUGGCGGACUGAUUGCUGCGGGUAUUGUUGCGCGCAUGGAGGGCAAGCUGGGUCGACCGGCGUGGGAAUGGCUUUUUAUCAUAGAAGGAUCCAUGACGGUGGUGAUUGCGUUACUAGUGAUCCCCCUGAUUCCCGACUAUCCCGGACUCACCAAGCGAUGGUGGCUGACCCAGGAGCAUCAAUUGCUGGCUGACUGGCGACUGCGUAAUGAGAACGCCGGUCUUGUCGACAACGACCCCGACUCGUUAUUCUGGGGCGUAAAGCAAGCAGUGGUCGACCCAAAGCUGUACAUGUUCAUCGUCUUGCAAAUGGCACUCAUAACAGCCCAAUCCUUCAACAACUUCUUCCCGUCGAUCGUCAGCACCCUGGGAUACGAUGAAACCAUCACGCUGCUGCUUACCGCUCCGCCCUAUGGCUUUGCAUUUGUCUGCUCUCUAAUUAUCUCUUUCCAUGCGGCUCACAAGCAAGAACGAGGUUACCACAUCUCCAUUCCAUUGCUGUUUGCACUGCUGGGGAACCUGUUGGCAAUGCUCGUCCCAACCACAGGCGGUCGCUACUUCAGCAUGUUCCUAAUGACCGCGGGCUCAUACUCACCCUACAAUCUCUGCGUCUCAUGGCUGAGCUCAUCACUACCUCGUCCCAAAACAAAACGUGCAACUGCACUGGCUAUUGUCAACUUGAUGGGCGCUGGCGUGGCCCAUUUCUAUACCUCGUAUAUGUUCCCAGACUCACAGAAGCCUCGUUACUAUGCCGGUGGUGGAGUCAUGAGCGGGGCGUGUCUGGUCUGCGCGAUAAUGGCGCUGGGGAUCAAGUGGCAUUUGAAGCGAGAGAAUGCCGAGCUUGCGAGGGCUGAGCUGGAGGAGGGGGCGUUGGCGGGAUCGGCGAUUGCAGGGCCCAAGACUGGAUAUAGGGCGGAUGGGGUGGUUUCCUUCCGAUAUGUGCACUGA